GAGCCGCGCGGUCCGCUCGUCGCUCGCAACGAAACAGUGCGCCUACCAAGUGCCGCCGGAGCGACGACCCCGUGCUCGUGCGGUGUCAUCUGCAGUUUGGUUGUUUAUUAAUUGAAAAGUGAGUGGAAGCCGGCCACGGCCGCGGCACACAUGUUCGGCCCAGUUUUCACGAUCGCUGCCUCCGUCUCGAGUAUUCCACUUUGCUUUGCUUUGUUUACUGCCGCUGCACUUGUUGCGCGGCCCGAACUGUAAUUGGAACCGGCGAUCCAGCGGAGCCUUAGCGUAUUUGCGCAACUACCCUCUAGAGGAUCCACGUAACGGCGCCCAUAGUGCAAAACAGUGUUGCAAAACAGUAUGUAGUGGACAGUGCACGACACAGCAGUGAAAAUGUCCGACAUAAUGACCGACAACGACCUAACCGACAUACCCGACAUGACCGACGAGGACGGGUACGAGUUCGACUCAUUAAAGAUCCCCGAAAUUGUAACCCCGGAUGACAUGAACGAAUCGGGGUAUCAGGAGGGGUCAGAGAAGAGUUACGGGGAGCGGAGGGAUUCGAAGGAGGGGUUCGGAGGGGAAGGGGAUAGCGACAGCGGGGUGGACGGGGUGUCGAGUGGUUGUUCGACUGCGGACGACUGCCCCGUCGUGUCGGUGAACGACGUCGUCGCGUAUUACGACGACAUUCGGCCGCGUCGUCGACAUGUGCCGCAGCUGAAUUUCUACAGCGUGGAUAUUGAGAAGAUGGCGAUGGAUGCUGUUGCUCAGGGUUUCCCGGCUCGCGAAUCAAGAGGUGUCCAGGGUUAUCCCGGCCCAUCAUCAAGAGGUGUCCAGGGGGUUAUCCCGGCCCAGCUCGAGGGAGUCCAGGGUUAUCCCGGCCCGCAUCAUCUUCAGAGCAUCGGUCACGUGCACAUGGAAGACUCACGUUGCCAGCCAGCGUCACGCGACAGCCCGACCGCCCGCCCGUGCCAGCGCGGAAUGCAGCGUCAACAAUUCAACAUGACCUACUAA